AUGAUUUCAGGUGAAGUAUCGAGUGAUACCGUGUCAACAGGAACGGUACCACGAGGUGGAGAACGUGUGGAAGCUGCAGAUUUAGGCCGGCACACGGAUAAGUUUGACGAGAGCACCCUGGCCGCUAACACAGCGAUCGACGCGAGGGGGGGAAGCCCCCAGGGUGCCCAUCUUUCGGGGGCUGUUACUCCGCGACCACCCAGAGGUCGGAGGAGGCCCAAUCAGAACGGCCUUGACACUACUCAGAUGAUGGGGAGGAAUUACAGCGACUUUAUGAGAAGUCUUGCUGCCAAGUACAAUAACGCCAAUCCUAACGAUUACUAUAGUUCUCCUCGCAACGGAUAUCCUCCAGGCUUUGACCCGCGAUUUCCAGGCUUUAAAGCAACAGCCACCCCCUUUGUCGGCCUAAUGGCGCCUCUUGGAACUCACCCCCAGCCUCCAACAGUUCCCAGUUCCUCUCCUCUCACUGGCAAGGAGCCAAAAGAGCCAAAGCAGGACUCGCUCUUUGGAAACCCAGUUUUCCCACCAAUGUUGGAUAUGUCCUCGACCCAGGCGUUGUUACACAUGGUUCGAACAGCGAACGCGGCUCAGAAUGCUGCGGAACUAGAAACUUACCUCAAAGGUGCGAAUAAACGAGACGUAGGAGUGACGAGUCCUCUGGAUUUGUCAAGCCCCGGGGGGUUCGCGCCUCGAAAGCGGCCCAGAAUUGAGACCAAGAGGCCGGGAAGUGUCUCGCCGAAACCAAAACCAGCGACAGCAGCGCCUCCUAGGUCGAGCACACCGCCACCGGUGAGAUGUCCUUCACUCUGCGGACAUAUGCCCUGUGGCGAUGGCCAGGCUGUCAAUCGAUGGAGCAUUGAAGACGUCGUUAACUAUGUCUCCUCGAUCGACAUCUGCGCGGAGUAUGCACAGUGUUACCCGGAUUAA